AUGAUUGAUCAGAAGUUAUUCAUUCUUGGAAUUCUGAUAGUUUUUGCCUUCGUAUUAAAUGCAAUUGGAGUCUUCACACCGUGUUGGAUCGUGGAUUCAUUUGGAUUUACAUCUAGAAUUGUUCCAUACAAUCGGUAUGCACCACUCUGGUUCCUCGCCGCCACUGUUUCAAUGUACUUAUCAUUUGUUCUCUACAUUUUUAUGAUUCUGAUAUAUACUUAUUCGCUUUUGAUAGUACACAGAAAAGGAUAUUCUCGAAGUGUUAAAAAAUGGUUCAGUUUGAUAACGAAUGCAUCUGGAAUGAUCGUCUGUUUCACCGUACUUGCUCUCAUUUUGAUCGGUGUCAAUAUAUCGAAAGCUAGUAAUAGUUCGGACAGUUACACCCUUGGCUAUUCGGCCUGGUUGUGUGUGGCAUCUGCAGUUAUUUCUCUUGGAAUAUUCUUCAAUGUCGUUUUUUUUGUUCACAAAGAAUGCAAAUAA